AUCUUAAACUUUAUCACAACCGCCUCUUGUUUCAUCUUCUCUCCAUCCUGCCAACAUUACACUCUGGCCUUCGUCCUUCAUCGCACCAGCACAGCUUACAGCCAUGGAAAGCCGUAGUCCGUCGCCUGACUUGGACCCCGUGGCGGGCGUCACGGAGGACCUCGUUUCACUACCAAACUCAAAGGUGGCCGGCGACACACACAUCGACUUUGACGGACUGCUCGCACAGUCUAUCAAGCUCCACGAGGACGUGCGGACAGGCUGCGGUGGACAGACGUGGCCUGCGGGCAUGGUGCUGGGCAAGCACAUGCUGCGCUACCACAGAGCCAAGCUGGAGACUGCCCGAAUACUGGAAUUGGGCGCUGGUGGAGGACUAGUCGGACUGGCUGUGGCGGCUGGUUGUGACCUCCAGGCGCCACUCAUCUUAACUGACCAGGAUGUGAUGCUGGAGCUGAUGAAGCAUAAUAUUCAGCUGAACGAGCUUGAGGGCAAAGCCACGGCCUCAAUAUUGGACUGGGGCGAGACGCUUCCAGAGGCCGUUGUGGCACACAAACCGGACGUGAUAUUGGCAGCUGAAUGUGUGUACUUUGAGCCGGCCUUCCCGCUACUGAUGCAGACGCUCAAGGACCUGUUCGAGCUCAAUGAGGAUGCAGUGGUGUAUUUCUGCUUCAAGAAGAGGAGACGAGCGGACAUGCAGUUUGUCAAAGCAGCCAAGAAAGCGUUUGUGGUCGAGGAGAUUUUCGACGAGGACAGGCCCGUGUUUCAGCGAGAGUCACUGUUUCUCUUCACAUUUAGAAAGCGGGCAACCGGUGGCACCACUACGAGCAAGAAGAAAGGCGGCAUGAUAGCAGCCAACCAUAAUGGCCAAAUCCAAACCGAAAGAUGAUGCCACCCAACCCCAUGAUUGGACCUGACUCCUCUUUUUUUCCUUCCGUGUUAUUGCAGGACAUCGGCAGCACGAGGCCCGUCGGCGGUUGCACCAAGCAGAGUGAGUAUCCAAAGAAGGGAGACCGGAGGGAGCCUGCAUGCACUCUUCCUCCCAUGUCAAGCGAGCACGGACGGAUUGGCAUACGAUAGGGCAAAUAAAGGUGCGGGGGG